GGUGUUCCCCCAGCGGAAGUCGUGUCGUCAUUCUUCACUUCUCUGCCCGUGCCAUCGCGUCUCUUACAAUGCAGUUGACAACCUCUUGGAGGGCAUUCUCAACUCUCGUCUUCCCGCUCCCCAAACCAUCCUCCUCCCUCUUCCUCCCUGGCCUAAAACCGUACUCCUUACUCUUUUGUCCCUCCUCCUCCUCCUCCUCCACCCCUUACCCGCUUUACUACGAGCUCAUUCACUACCGCCCGGACCGCCGCCAUCCUCGCCGCCCUCUAAACUCCUCUACCCCCAUGGCCGCCGCAGACUCCGGCGAUGGAGAACCCUUCUCGUCCUCUGGCGAAGUUCCCGGCGACUCUAAACAGAUGGAUCGUGCCAAGCGCCGGUACUAUCGUAAGAGGCAGAGGCGCAUGUACGGCGACUCUGGCUCGGACUCCGACUCUGGACGUCGAUCCGAUUUUGUGGAGCUGAAGCCUGAGAUCGUCGACUUCCCUAGGCUGCACGCCCGCGAGCAGGAACUCUACUUCCACGACGCGUUUGCCUUCCCCUGGGAAAAGGAUAAACACUACCGGAUGGUGUACCAGCUCGAGAAGAAGUUUUUCCCAGAGCAAUCGUUUGACAAAGCUUUUUUCGACCCGGCGGCGGAGGUGGUGCAGCUGCCUAAGAAGGGGAAGAGCACACCUAAGAAGGAUGAGGGAGAGAAAAGGGAUGCGAGGGCUUUGGUUUUUUUUGACGAAGAGAAGGAUAAUGGGCAGGAGAAGAAGGAUAGGGGUGACAAUGUUUCAGAGAAGAAGGUGGAGGAAUUUUUCAAGUUCUUGAAGAAGGUUCCGAAUGUUCAGAGCCAAAGCGAUACUUUUAAGGAGGAUAGUGCUGAGCCGUUUCUCUCAAGCAGGGGAACGGGACUUCCUGCAAAGUGGGAUGGGCCAUCUGGAACAGUAGUGCUUGUGGACAAACCUAAAGGUUGGACUUCAUUUACUGUAUGUGGUAAACUCCGGCGCCUAGUCAAUGUGCAAAAGGUCGGGCAUGCUGGUACACUAGAUCCCAUGGCAACUGGACUUUUAAUUGUUUGUGUGGGUAAAGCCACCAAACUUGUUGAACGUUAUCAGGGCAUGGCUAAAGGUUAUAGUGGUGUUUUUCGGUUAGGAGAAGCCACAUCCACCUGGGAUGCUGAUUCUCCAGUUAUUCAACGGGAGCCAUGGGAACACAUAAAGGAUGAGGAUAUUAGAAAGGCUGCUGCAUCUUUCCGUGGGGAGAUCUGGCAAGUACCCCCCAUGUUUUCUGCCAUUAAGGUGGGUGGCCAGAAGAUGUACGAUAAAGCAAGGAGAGGGGAGAUGCUUGAGCUUUCGCCUAGGCGCGUAACAAUCUUUGAGUUUGAUAUUGAGCGCAGUCUUGAUGACAGACAAAAUCUAGUAUUUCGGGUCUCAUGCUCUAAAGGAACCUACAUCCGAUCCCUCUGUGCAGAUUUUGGAAAGGCUCUUGGCAGCUGUGCACAUUUGACUGCUCUCAGGAGGGACUUAAUAGGUGAAUAUACUGCUGAUGAUGCAUGGAGCUUCCAAGUCUUAGAAGACCAGGUAGGCCCGACUUUCCACGUGUCAGCUCGAGAUUGGAUUCCACAAGCAACUUUGCAUGCGGAGUCUUAUGAUUGA